CGACAAUUUGACUUUGGCUCUCCAUUCUCAAACAAAUUGAAUUUGCCUCUCAUUUUUUCCUAAGACGGUCCAAAACGCACUAGCAGAAGUCAGACGAGGUUGCGUUUAGUAGAGAGAGAGAGAGAGAGAGAGAGAGAGAGAGAGAGAUGGACUACAACCUAGCAGCACUGAAGCUGCUGUGCGUCCAACUGAAAGACGCGACCGAAGACACCAAGAACGCCAUGGAACUCCACGGCAUCGCCUUCCAACGCGCCUGGUUACAGGGCAUUCUGGUCCAUGUCUUCGACGACGGAGAGCGCUUGCUCCUCGACGACGGAACCGGAGUCAUCGAGCUCUCCCUCAGACCCGAAUUGCGCCACUGCACUUGGAAAAUCGGAAUGUAUGUAAUGACUGUUGGACGGUACACGCUACGUAAGAAUGAGCCGCCAAUGAUCCAGGUACACAAGAUGGUUGAUCUUUCGGAUUCCCAUGAUCGAGAGGCAAUGUGGUACCUCGAAGUUAUGGAGGCAUACAAUCUUUUCUAUCGGCGCUUAAUGGAAGGGUGAGAGAGAGAUGGAAACCAAACUACGUACAACAGUUUCCUUGAAGCAAUUCCUACCAGUUGUGCUCGACAUUUGAAAAUCCCUUGCUUACCUGCAUCAAAAGUAUGAACGUUUGAAAGCGCACAUGUAUUAUGUCUAAGAACGAUUGAUAGUGCACAUGUAUUAUGUCAAGCAUGCUCAAGUUACUAGUACAUGGAAUUUGUAAGCUUCAUUCUUGUAUCAAACAUAAUCAGCAGCCAUACACCAAUGUACUUGCAUGAUUCUUUUA